AAAAUUCUCAAAAAAACGAAAAAAAAAAAAAAAACUCAUAAUAUUUGGGAGCUCAGAGGAAAGUAGAAGUAGAAUUUAGGGGAGGGAGGGAAAGCGAAAAUGGUCCCGUUGCAUUUGAGCGUCAUCUCCAGUCCUCCUCCUCUGAAACCCUUUGUACCAACAAUAACAGCAAAGUGUACUUCAAUGGCACAACAAGAGCCUCUGCUAAAGUUCCCUCACUUGUCAUCGAGUGGUGAAAAACUAAUGGAAGGUCUGCUCUCCACUGUUGAGUCGCGUUUGGGUCCUUACCUAAACCCCUCUUUCACCCCCUCAGAUGUCCGCUCCUUCCGCAACCAAAAUGGGAGCUCUCAGGGAUCCGUGAAUAUCAGAGGAGGCAAUAACACACGUACCAUGAUUGAUUUCAUAUUGGGAUCCUGGAUCCACUGCAAAAUGCCACAUGGGAUUCUCAACAUAUUCACUCUCGUUGGUAUGCUCAACACUAGAACUGAUACACCUCAUCUCCUUCUUGAGGUGAUCCAAACUGGCCCAUCUUCUCUUGUUCUUGUUCUUGAUCUGCUUCCUCGGAAAGACCUCGUCCUACACUCUGACUAUCUUAAGCAUUACUAUGAAGAUGCCGGGUUGGAUCCACUGAGGCAGCAAUUGGAAAAAAAACCAUUUUCAAAGCCUUACAUUUCUUCAUCUCUCUAUAUUCGCAGCGUAGUAUCUCCUACUGCUAUUCUGUUUCAGAUAAACAGUGAUUCUCAAAUGAGCAUGGAUGAGAUAGUGGGUGGUGAUGUGGAGCCUGUGGUUAAGCAGGUGGUGGAGACAUGGUUGAGGCUUUGUUUGGAAGGAACAGGAAGAGAGUUGGAGGAGAGUGACAGAGAAAGGAUACUGAGGAGAGACAAUGUGAUCAAAACCAUAGGUAUUGAGGUGGACCUUCUCUCAAACAUGCCCAGAUUGUUUGGUCCAGAUGUAACGGCUCGUGUGGUUGAUGCUUUUAGGAAGGGGGUAUAGAGUUCAUGUGGUAAUUACCAAGUACAGCUACUGUGUAGUUAUAUAUUGUAUGUAUAAUUGAUUCAAAAGUUUUAAGGUGUGGUUCUUAAGUCGAUCAGCAUUUCUGAGCUUGAACCGGAUAGUGAUUGUACCUUGACAUAGCGAAAGGGGCCUAGGAGUACCACCCAUCUGCUCCCAUGGCUGAUUGACACAGAAACGAGAUAGGGAUAAAGAGUGAUCUCCCUAGGGCUAACUGUAAUAUUUAAUACAUAUAUGGUAAUUUCCCUGCAAAUUUGUUGAACGAAUACAGAGAAACUUUAGCAUGAUACUCCUUUUUCA